UUCUCCACUAGCUCCAGGAAGGGGGAACUUGGGCUCUGGGCGCCUGUUUUGAAGAGGUUGCACCCCUUUGAGGGGACCUACGGGUUGCAACUCACGCAGGAAACGUGACCUUAGCAGUGAGGGCGGUGGAGUGGGCCAAUUUCUGGAUCUUUCUCUAUUUAGUCACCUCCAGCCUUGUUGGGACAGGGAUCUGGGGCUACGCCGCUGUGGUCUCGGCACCUUCUGUCCCCACUUCCCCUCGAGGACGGCCGUUUGAAUAUUGUCUAGUGUGGGCCAUUUACCCCCGUGGGCAGAAGGAAGGUAGGAGGGACCUCAGAGGAGACUUCAAGGGCCCCCCCACUGCCCUUCUAACCUUGCAGAUUCCCCUCUGGGGCCUGUUUCCUCUUCUCUCAACCAGCGAUGCCAGGCUGAGGCUGUCGGUUCGAGAAUCACGUAGGUAAUAGCUUAGUAAAGGGCCUGGCACAUAGUAGGCUCUCAAGAAAAGGUCGGAGCCUCUUGAGGAGUCUGCCUGUGAUGGAUGCGGAGCACAGACCCAGCGCAGUGCGGCGAUUCGCCCAAGGUCACACAGCCGCCCCCCGAAUUCGGACCCCGGGCGGCCUGACCUCGGGGCCAGGGCUUGUCGGGUGCCAGCGUGGGGGCGAGCAGUGUUUGGAAGAGCGGCCGCGGCCGUGGGUGGGAAGGGGCUUCUAUUUUGGAACGAGUGAGAGGAGCGGGACACGCGGAGGGGGUAAGGGAGGGGUGGGCUCUCUGCGGCAUCUCUGUCCCCCAGUCACCUUCCUGCAACCCUUCCUGGGAGGGGCGUUCUGGGCGGUGGGGGAAGGUGGGAGGGGCGGGCGGUUACCUCAUCGCCGCCUCCGGGAGGCCCCGCUCGCUCGCGCCGCCGGCUGGGGCGGCGACUCCAGGCGCGGAAGCCAGAGAAGGACAGAGGCACAGAGGCUCCGGGAGGCAGUGCUGCCCCCCGCGUCCCGCACCGCUGCGGGACCCGUGCCGCGAGGGGGGCGGACUUCGGGGCCCCGCGCGGCCGCCGGCACCUGGGUUGGCGCUGCGGAGCGGAGGCAGUGUCUGAGCGCCGCUCCGGGUCUGCUCUCUCCCGAGCUUCGGCACCCGCCCGAGCCGCUCGCGCGUCCGCCACCUGUCUGCCCACUCCGUUGUCUGUCCGCCCUCCCGCCGCCAGCUCCGGCCUCGGGCCUGCCCUCUCCGGUCUCCGUGUUCCGGGGUCGACGAGAAGCGCGGCGGGGCCGGGGCGCACCGGGCAGGGCGCGCGGGGCGCACGGCCGGGGGGCGCACGGCGCGGCGCCGGCCCAUGAGGCUUUCCAGAGCGGAGAGCGGCAGCGCCGGCCGGCCAUGGGGGGCAGCCUGCGGGUGGCCGUUCUAGGCGCUCCGGGCGUGGGCAAGACGGCCAUCAUCCGCCAGUUCCUGUUCGGUGACUACCCCGAGCGCCACCGGCCCACGGACGGGCCCCGCCUCUACCGACCCGCGGUGCUGCUCGACGGCGCCGUCUACGACUUAAGCAUCCGCGACGGCGACGUUGCUGGCCCCGGCUCGAGCCCUGGGGGUCCGGAGGAGUGGCCAGACCCUAAGGACUGGAGCUUGCAGGACACGGACGCCUUCGUGCUCGUCUACGACAUCUGCAGCCCGGACAGUUUCGACUACGUGAAGGCCCUGCGGCAGCGCAUCGCGGAGACCAGGUGGGGGCGCGGCAGGUCUGGCGGUGGGGAGCUAGGGCAGGUCUGGCCCGGCCUUUGCCUGAGGGGAGUGUGUAGGGUCUCCCAAAGUCGUGGGCCGGGUCUUAGGCCUUCGCCCGUGGGAAGGUCUUCAGCUGUAUGUGCUCUUUUGCCCACAUGGGCCUGGAGUUCGGGGAGGGCCUCUGGCUGUAGAAGGGAAUGCGCCUGCGUGUGUAUACCCACUGGGGGAAUUCUCCGGCCGUGGGGUCCCCGGCACCGCGUCUCUCAUCUCCAUUCGGCCCCCAGGCCGGCGGGCGCGCCCGAAGCGCCCAUCCUGGUGGUAGGCAACAAGCGAGACAGGCAGCGGCUGCGCUUCGGACCGCGGCGCGCGCUGGCCGCCCUGGUGCGCAGGGGCUGGCGCUGCGGCUACCUCGAGUGCUCGGCCAAGUACAACUGGCACGUGCUGCGUCUCUUCCGCGAGCUGCUGCGCUGCGCUCUGGUGCGGGCGCGCCCUGCACACCCGGCCCUGCGCCUGCAGGGGGCGCUGCAUCCAGCGCGCUGCAGCCUCAUGUGACCCAAUUGGACAGUACCAUCCAUGGGCCCCACCUUGUGACUGGGACAACCAGGGACCUGGAUUGGACAGGAUCGCCCAACUUCACUGGGACUGGACAGGGCAAUCUCCGCCCUGAUUGGAUGAGGCCUAAGCGACGGGCCCCUUUUUGAACCUCAUUGGACCCAACCAGGUCCCAAGCUCCAUUGGAGAUGACCAGUCCUUUCUGGGACCUCAGCGGGUCACAGUCCCAUUGGAUGGAAAGGACUUGGCUAUGAAUUUGGAAACGCGAGGCCUGCUCCUGGAGCUUCACUGGACAUAUUCUUUAUGCCACUCCUAUCGCAGGAUAAUAAACGGGAAAAUAAUUGA